UGCGCGCGCCGGCCCUCGCCCCUCGCCUGUUCUUAUAGCGGCCGCGGGCGGCGGCACUGGUUGGUUUGGUGGGGUCGGCGCAGACAGGUGACAUGGCGGCUGUGUUCGUGCUGCUCGGCUUUGCGCUGCUGGGCGUCGAAGGCGCCGCCGGGGCUGCCGGCUUUGUAAGGUCGCCCCUGUCCCAGGAGAGGUGGGCAGGGAGCAGUGUGGAGCUGCACUGUGAGGCUGUGGGCAGUCCCAUCCCUGAGAUCCAGUGGUGGUUUGAAGGGAAUGGUCCCAACGAUACCUGCUCCCAGCUGUGGGACGGCGCCUGGCUCGACCGCGUCCACAUCCACACCACCUAUCGCCAGCAUGCAGCCAGCACCAUCUCCAUUCACAAGCUCUCUGCAAAGGAUGCAGGCACCUAUGAGUGCCGGGCCAGCAACGACCCGGACCGCAACCACCUGACCCGGCCACCUAGGGUCAAGUGGGUCCGAGCCCAGGCGAUUGUGCUAGUCCUUGAACCCGGUGCAGUCUCCAUUUUCAUUGAUGAGAUGGGCCCCAAGACACGCCUCACCUGCGCCUUGAAUGAGAGCACAAUGGAGAUCACUGGCCACCGCUGGGUGAAGGCCGGCCAGGUUGUGAAGGAGGACUCAAACCCCGGCCUGAAGAUGGAGUACUACGUGGACCCCGAUGACCGCUCAGGAGAGUACUCAUGUGUCUUCCUCCCUGAGCCUGCAGGCAGGGCCAACAUUCCACUGAGAGGGCCCCCCCAUGUUAAAGCUGUGAAGAAGUCAGAGCAUGCCAAUGAGGGGGAGACAAUAACACUGGCCUGCAAGUCAGACUCCUUCCCCGCGGUCACUGACUGGGUCUGGCACAAGACAACUGAAUCUGGAGACCAGGUUAUCAUGAAUGGCUCCCAGAGCAGGUUCUUUGUGAGCUCCCUUGAGGCCAAGUCAGAGUUGCGCAUCAUCAACCUGGACAUGAACUCUGACCCUGGCAAGUAUGUGUGCAACGGCAGCAGCUCUGUAGGCUCUGACCACGCUGAGAUCACUCUGCGUGUUCGCAGCCGCCUUGCCGCCCUCUGGCCCUUCCUGGGCAUUGUGGCAGAGGUGCUGGUGCUGGUUACCAUCAUCUUCAUCUAUGAGAAACGCCGGAAGCCUGAGGAGAUUCUGGAUGAUGACGACGCGGGCUCUGCACCCCUGAAGAGCAGUGGGCAGCACGUGAACGAUAAGGACAAGAACAUCCGCCAGAGGAACUCCACCUGAGCGACGUUCAGGGCACUGCCCCUGUUGGCUGCCCCCAGAGGCCACAACCCUACAUUGACCUUCAAUCCCAUCUUCUGAGCACCCUUCCCCUGCCCCCAGGUCACAUCCUAUCUGCAGUUUUGCCUCUUUUGCUGGAAGUCCAUUCCUAGUGUUUGCAAAGUUCCAAAUUUUCUCACCUCUUAAAGAAAAUCCUGAAAGCAAGCCAAUUGUAAAUUCAAAUCAUAUACUAUUUUUUCUUUUCUUUUUUUUUUUUUAACUAAACUUGGGUUUUCUGCAUAUAGAAUUCUAUUCCUUAGGGUUUUGUUUUUUCUUUUUAAAUCUUUUAUGAGAGCCCCAGAGAGUUGCUGUGGUCUUCUAAGCCUUUUGGCCAUCCCUGUGGCUUUUAGCCACCAGGUCUGAGUCACAGUGUGGGUGGGGGCAUCCCUCUCCAUUGGCCCAAGUCAGUGCCAAGUCCCUGCUCUUUGUGGAAGGUCACAGGUCAUGUGAGGUGUCCCUGUCCUGCCUGUCUGAGGCUGAUGCUGUCUGGUUGUACCUUGCUCUUUUAUUUUCUGAAGGCCACAAGUCUAUAUUUGACUCAAGAGAGUCUCAGGGGUGGCUCUGACUUAUGGCUGCAGAGGACCUGCACUCAGGGUGACCCUAUCACAGCUCCCAAGUGACCCCCCAAGUCCCCUUCCAUGCCUGUGUGUCCAGUGUCAGAGCUGUCUUGGCAACUUAAGGGAGGUUUGCCAGGACCCCAGUGCUCCAACCAGGGCUCCAAAACUGCAGAAGCCUGUUCCCCAGCUCGGCUCACAGCAGGCAGCUCCCUCUCCACAGCAUCAGGGCUCAGUGAGACCCCCUUUCUUCUGCCUACCCAUCAACAAUAAAGACUGACCCAUUUUGUCCUC